ACAAAAAAAGAGCCAAAAAAGAGAGAGAAGGGAAGACUUUCCUUCAUAGCUACUUUCUACCAGAAAUCGUGAUCUGCAGGAGCAAUGGGUAACAUCUUCUCAGUUAAUUUGACUUGCGAUACCCUAUUUUCUCGCUGCUGGGAUUCCAUAGCUAAACAAGAACAACUCUGCAUAAGUCUUGAAGAAAACCGUGAAACUCUGCAAACUUCCUUGGAUGAUUUGUUGGCUUUAAGGAAUGAUGUGAAGCAAAGGGUUGAUGAUGCUGAGAAGCUGCCGCAAAUGAAGCAGACAGAGCAGGUACAACGCUGGAUCUCAAAAGUGGAAACUGUAGAGACUGCAGCUAAUGCAGUUUUAGCCAGUAGCAUUCAACAAGUCGAGAAUGGAGGCUGCUGUUCUAAUAACUACUUAUCCAGUUACAAGUACGGAAAAAGAGUGACUAAAUUAUUGAGAAAAGUCACUAAAUUACAGAGCGAGGGAGUUUUCAAAGAGGUGGCAGCACAUAAACUACCAGCAGCUCUGGACAGUGAAAAACCUAUGGAGCCAACAGUGGGCAUGGAAUCGUUGUUUGAUGAGGUUUGGGGCCACAUUGAAGAUGAAGAUGUUGGAGUAAUUGGCUUAUAUGGUAUGGGAGGGGUCGGCAAGACCACUCUCCUCACCAAAAUCUAUAACAACUUCCUUCACACUCUUAAUAAUUUCCAUUAUGUGAUCUGGGUGGUGGUCUCCAAGGACACCACAAUUGAUAUCGUUCAAAAUAAGAUUGGUGAACAGAUUGGGUACUCAACUGACGCAUGGAAGCAUAAAGAGCAGCAUCAAAAAGCUGAAGACAUCUUCAGAGUCUUGAGUAGAAAGCAGUUUGUUUUACUAUUGGAUGAUAUAUGGAAGCCGGUUGAAAUAACCAGAGUAGGGGUUCCUAUUCCUAACAAGCAGAACAAAUCAAAAAUGGUCUUCACAACUCGUUCUGAAACUGUUUGUUGUCAUAUGGAUGCCCAAAAAAGGAUAAGGUUUAUGUGUUUGUCACGGGAAAAAGCAUGGGUUUUGUUUCGGGAGAAGGUUGGGGAAGAAGCUCUUUCAAUUCAUCGAGAUAUCCCGGAACUUGCAAAAGCUGUUGCAAAUGAGUGUGGUGGUUUGCCACUAGCAUUAAUUACAGUUGGCCGAUCCAUGGCUUGCAAGAAGACACCCCAAGAAUGGAGUCAUGCAGUUCAUGUUUUGAAGAACUCUGCUGCAGAAUUUUCAGGUAUGGGAGAUAAGGUGCUUCCUCUUCUGAAAUUUAGUUAUGAUAAUUUAACCAGUGAGAAAAUCAAAUUCUGCUUCUUAUAUUGUACUCUAUUUCCGGAAGAUUUUCCCAUAUAUAAAGAGGACUUAUUAUAUGGUUGGAUGGGUGAAGGGUUAUUAGAUGGUUAUAGCAGUAUAGAUCAAGCACAAAACGAGAGCUACGAUAUUAUAGGCACUCUAGUUAAUUUAUGUUUGUUGGAAGCUGAUGGAGCUUGUGUAAAAAUGCAUGAUGUGAUUCGUGAUAUGGCAUUGUGGCUGGCCUGUGACGUUGAAAAAAUAAACCAGAGGUUUGUUCUGCAUGCAAGUCUCAAAUUGAGUGAAGCAAUACCAGAUACCAUCACAAAAUGGAGCGGAAAAAGAAUGUCAUUGAUGUGCAGUGGUAUUGUUUGGCUAGAUGCUGCACCAAAAUGUCCCAAUCUGCUCACCUUGUUUCUUGGAAGAAAUAAUCUGAAGUCUAUUGUGCGCGGAUUCUUUGAUCAGAUGCCAGCCCUCCGAGUAUUAGAUUUGUCUGGAAAUCCAAAUCUAGCAGAAUUGCCGUCAGGAGUUCAAUAUCUGGUUUCAUUACAACAUCUCAAUUUGUCAGGAACUCGUAUUAGAGCCAUUCCGGAGGAUCUCAAGACCUUGGUGAAGCUAAAAUAUUUGAAUUUGGAACAUAUGUUAGAGCUUGAUUAUCUACCUCAAUAUAUCAUAUAUUUUCCGGUGCUUAGAGUUUUGAGGAUGCUCAAUUCAGGUUCUGUUGACCGAAUUCUUUUCUGUGGUGAUAAGAAAGCCAUGGUAGCAAAUCUCUGCAUUUUGGAACGCCUUUACGUCUUUACUUUGAGCACAGAAAGUACCUCUUGUUUCCAAACCUUGUUCAAUAGUGACAGUUUGUUGACAUGCACUCAGUCUCUGCACAUCAAUGACGGCAACAACCAAUUGAGCUCUCUUGAUAUUACAAAUUUGGGGAACAGGAAAAAUCUUCAUUCUCUUUGCAUUUCCAAUUAUCCUAAAUUGGAACAACUGGAGAUUAAUUGGGCAGGCGCAGCAGCUAGUACAAUGAACUCAAGGGUCAGAAACCAGACUCGCUUCCUUGGCCUUCAAGUUGUUUCUGUAUCAAAAUGCACGGAUCUCAAGGACUUGACAUGGCUCAUUUUUGCUCCACGUCUCAUCCAUGUAAAUGUGACUGUCUGCUACAAAAUGGAGAAGGUGAUUGAUUUGGAAAAACUGGGUGGAGUGGCCAAUGCGCUAGAUGAGUUGAACCCAUUUGCAGAGCUUACAUUUCUGAAUUUGAAGCAUCUUCCAGCGUUGAAAAGCAUAUAUGAAAAUGCCUUGCCAUUUCCAUGUCUAAAGGAAGUCAAGAUAGCUUCAUGUCCUGCAUUGAAGAGGCUGCCACUCAACUCUAGCAGUGCCCGAGGAUGUAAUCUUGUUAUUGAAGGAGGAGAAGAAUGGUGGAAUGCCUUGGAGUGGGGGGAUGAACUUGCUCCAAAUGUUUUCCUUCCCAGCUUCAGAACCCGUAACUGAGGGGCUUUUCUGGUGUCCACUUCCAGCUAAUCCGGCCCCCGAUUUGGUGUUGGCAGAACAAGGCUCUAUUCGUUGCAACUGCGACUUGGACUGAGUUCAUGUGAAAGAUAUUGUGCUAUAAUUAUGGAUUGCUUGUAUUCUGUUAUAUUACUAUUAUUUUACGAGACUCUAAAUAUCUGA